AUGAGUCGCGUAUACGUCGGAAAUUUGCCCUUCGAUGCGACUGAAGUAGAGGUUCUAUCUUUUCGUUCCGAAAAUAAAAUAUAAGUUUAUCAUCGCUCAAGUUCGCUCCAAUUUUUUUUAAACGGAAAGAAAAAGAGUUUUAUUCAGAUAUAGUCGGACGUUGGAGCAUGCAUAUUCAUUGAAAAAGUAUGAAAAGUAUCAAGUUGUCCUUUCAUUGAUAAAAACCAUCGCCAUGAUCUAUAGUAAAUUUUGCUGAGUAAAUCUUCUUAUGAAUGUCGAACUAAAUGUCCAAACUUGUAGUUGAUCAACUUGAGAGCAUGGUCUUACGGUACUUCGUCUCAAUCUUCUGCGCGUAGUCCGUCCAGUUGCGCUUUGCCAAGCUCAGGAAACAGCGGAUUCUGUGCUGGGGCCCGCAAAAUAAGAAAUUGAAAAAAAAUGGAAGUUGUGCAAGUUUAAAGGCAUAGGGGCAGUAAAAAACGAUGUUUCAGUUCAAAGCAGUACUUUGUAGACCUUUUCAUUGCGAAUCUAACGGUGAACUUGGAAAUGUACCGAACUUCCUAGUUUUGGAGAAAAAAAUAGUUCAAAGUCGGAGAGAGGAAAGCUUGAGUUCCCGCCAAAAGGGCGCUUUGCAGUAAAGUUGCUCUAUGGACAACAGGCUUCGCCUUCUUUCGAAUUUUCGCUUUUUUCUUCGUUUCUUCCAAUUUUCAAUUUUUUUUGUCGUCACCAAAGUUCUUUUCGCCAUUCAAUAAUAGAACAGUGUUGAAUAAAAAAGUUCCUAAAAAAACAGUCUUGUAACUAAGAUUAAAGCGUUAGAUUUUUUUCAUAAUUAUUUUUAUUUUUAUAUAGUCAAUGUUUCCCGACUUGAAAGGGGAGGGAGGCGGGGCAAGGGGCGGGACGCGUAGCGUGUGCGCACGCGGUUCUUGGCGCCAGUUCAAUUCAAUCGCCGCCGACUAUGUAAAAAGCUCGGCGACCGCUCUUUCUCUGUAUACUACUUUUUGAUGCAAAAAUUAACAUAAUCAAUAAAUAAUUAAAAAAGAAGUGAAAAGAGCGAUAAAUGAGCUCUCUGAAUGCUCGCUGGCCGUUGAAUUGAACUCGUGCCAAGAGCCGCGAACGCACACGCUACGCGCCCCGCCCCUUGCCCCGCCUCCCUCGCCUUUCAAGUCGGGAAACAUUGACUAUAGCUGUUUGGGAAUAUUCUGCUAAGGUCUACUUUACUUCCAUAAUUCAUCUUGAAGCUUCGUGAGGUGUUCUCCCGUAUGGGUUUCGUGCGGAAAAUCUGGAUUGCAAAGCGACCUCCGGGGUUUGCCUUCAUUCACUACCAAAGGCCACUCGACGCGCUUGACGCCGUCGAGUUCCUCGAUGGAACGUCAGUUUUCUCGGCAGUCUGACGGUUAUGCGACCAUUCCAGAAAGAUCUGCGGUCUGAAGGCAAGAGUCGAGCUGUGCGAGGACAUGGAGCAGAUCAAAAAGACUACAGGGUUGAUGUUCAUAUAAUUUCGGUUAUAUAGCCUGUGUACCGCGACUUGGAAUUUCACCAAACGACAUUCCGCUGUGCCACUGCGCGCCUUUGCGAGCCUUGGUCGCGCUUUUAAUUUUUUUUUUAUUAAGGUACUCUACUUUUAUGUGCUUAAACAGCAGUAACAAUCAAUUGAAAGCGUGGACUUGUUUCGAAAGUCGCUUUGCGAAGGCACGCAGCGGAACAGCGGAAUGUCGUUCGGUGAAAUUUCAAGUCGUGGCACACAAACUAUAUGCAGGAAAAGCUUCAGGAGAAGACGUGAAUCGACGUCUAGCAACAGCGACGAGGACCGAAGACCACGGUUUCUGGGCCUUCUUGAUCUUUUAACUGGUUUUCACAGGAAAAAAUCCACAAAGAAGCCACAGAGAGGAAGGAAACGCGCCAGUUUCAAAUCUCCUUUUUAA